AUGGCGCGCCGGUGCGGCUCGCCGCCGCCGCCCGAGCCGCUGCUGCAGGUGAAGGUGGUGGGGGUCUUCAAGAGCACCGCCUUCCAGAUGGCGAAGAGCACCGCGGAGUGUCUGAAGACUAAUUUUCCAUCCAAAUUUGAUGAUCCUAUAAUGGUUCCUCUUCAAGAAUUUGCAUGGGAUCAAUAUCUACAGAGGAAAAAAAGGGAACUUAGGAAUGAAGUCUGGGAAUAUUCUUCCAAUGUCAUGUGUUUCAUUAAUGAUCAGCUGCUGGGUGAUGUACUUGAACUUCAGAAAUGGGCCCAUAAGGUGUGGAAUAUGAUUGACUUUAAGCCCCCUGCACUUUAUGAGGCACUUACUGUGGACUUUUCUACUAAAUUAUUAAGCGACACCAAGCAUGAUUUUGUGUUCUUGAAUGUUUCUAUUGAUUCUAAUCCAAUUGGAAGAUUGGUUUUUGAGCUAUACUGUGAUAAAUGUCCCAAAACAUGUAAAAAUUUUCAGGCCUUGUGCACAGGAAAAGCAGGGUUUUCUCAAAGUGGCAUCAAACUACAUUAUGUUGGUUCAAUUUUUCAUCGAAUAGUAAAGAAUGCUUGGGUACAAGGAGGAGAUAUAGAGGCUGGAAAAGGAGAUGGUGGAGAGUCAAUUUAUGGACCAACAUUUGAAGAUGAAGGCUUUUCAGUUCCUCAUAAUAAAAGGGGAGUUCUUGGAAUGGUCAACAAAGGCCGUCACAGCAAUGGUUCACAGUUCUACAUCACGCUACAAUCAGCUCCCUAUCUAGAUAAAAAAUAUGUGGCUUUUGGGCAACUGAUUGAAGGAACAGACGUUCUUCAACAACUAGAAUUGGUUCCAACAGAGAAUGAAAGACCAAUACAACCAUGUACAAUUAUCGACAGUGGAAAUUUUUAUGCUUGA